AUGGAAGGCGGAAUUAAUUGUGAGGACACGAACCCGACCGGCGCCCGUGCGGGCAGCUACAAACGAAAAAAGAAUGGCUAUGACCACUUGGGUAGCAGCCCUCGAAGCGGUGCUGAAGAAAACGAAGAUGAGAGUGAAAGGAGGAGACAUCCUGGUGUGAAGAGAGCCUGUAAUGAAUGUCGACAGCAAAAGCUACGCUGCGAUGUGAUCCAGGAUCCAUUUAGCCACUGUUCGCGCUGCUAUCGCUUAAAGUUGGAAUGCAAAAUUGAGUCCAACUUCAAGCGGGUUGGAAAGAGAAGUAAACACGCCGAAAUGGAAAGGGAAAUUGAGCAACUCCGGAAGAGUCUAUUGGAGGCUCAGGCUCAAGGGUUUGUGAUGAAAGAUAGCGAGAAAACGCUAUCACCCGCGAUCAACAGUGUUUAUAGGAAGACUAGAAUGUUGGGAAUAGAGGAAGCAGUUUCUCUCUCAGUUCUUAAGCACAACGAUUCAUACAACGAACCGCGGACCCGUCACAAGAUUGAGAAUUUAAAUUUGAGCGAAGAAAUGACAAAUCGACUCUUCAACGAGUUUUGGUGUUGCUAUCAUCCCUUUCUGCCAUUCUUAUCGCCAUCACAAGCUCCUGACUAUUAUUACCAACAGCACCCGCUUCUUUUCUGGGCUAUUAUCGCUGUCUCUGCUCGCUUCUUUGCUGACGAUUCAGGGCUUUUGACGUCUCUAUCAGGACCCCUUACGCGACUAUUGUGGACUACUGUAGGCGAGGUUCCUAACAACCUUUACUUUGUUAAAGCAUUAUGUUUACUCUGUACCUGGCCUUUACCAACGAGCACUACCUCGACGGACCCGACACAUAUUUUGUGCGGGGUGAUGAUGAAGACAGCAACUGGUAUCGGACUCCACCGGCCAAAUCACGCUCAGGAUUUUUCUCGGGUCUCAGUCGAUCUCAAUAAAGAGCAGCUCCACGAAAGACUGACCACUUGGGCAGUUUGCAACAUAGUAGCUCAGCACUGUGGUACAGGCUAUGGACAGCCAGCAUCUACUCUCUAUGACUGGAUCCUAGCCGCUGGGCCAACAGAAUGUGUUCCACCACUUUCGCUUGAUCCAGAGCUCGAAGCGCAUUUACAAAUUGAACACUUUUGUGACAAAGUCUCAAAAGAAAUAUAUUCUAACGCCUCCGACUCACGUGGUGUGGCUGGUGACGAACUACGCGCAAUGCUAACACGUGUCUACCGCCGCGAAUAUGAUGAUCUACGAGCCUCCGUAAUGUCUCGUACUGGCUUAUCUCAACUCAUAAAUCUACAUUUUACGGCUGCUGGCCUACAUUUAUGUCUAUCUGCCUUUUUUAACUUGUCUAUAAUAAAGGGAUACAUCGAUGAUUUAAUGGGCCUAUGGAACGCCUGUAUAUCCUUCCUUGACCAAGUCUUUAAACUACAACUACCAAGUUCCAAGGAUCGUAAUCAAUCUACUCUUCGCUAUUCUACUAAUUACCUUCUACAAAUGAUCGUCUCUGCUUGUUUUACGUUACUGAGGCUUCUGAACUCGGGUUUUGCGCAAAGAAUUGACUUCAAAUACGGAAGCAGCAUGUUUCACUGUGCUAUCCAAGCUAUCCGAUCCAUCUCAGUCUUAGACAACGAUCUACCAUGUCGACUUGCUGAAUUGAUGAUGCAAAUGUGGGAUCGCGCGCAAACAGAGCAACAGACUUCAACGCAAAAUCUGAUGAGUAGCAAUCUAGAAGAAGUGGGGUCUACAAUGGAAAAUAGCUUGAAGCUAAAAGUUAGAUGUCGAAUGAGUAUGAGCUUAGUUUAUGAUAGUAUAUGGAAGUGGAGGGAAGAAUUUCAGGCACAGGGUAGGAGCAGUUCUGAAGCUUGCAAAAAACUGGUCAACUCCAAUUUCAACAGUGAAUCUUCAGCCACCCUCGCUUCAGUUCGCCAUACGACUCAAACCAAUACCGUUCGAACAAUCCCCAACUGCCAACCGACACAACCACAGAUUCUUGCCGUUGCAAAUGCAGAAAUAUCUAGUCACAACUUAUCAGAUAAUUAUGGCUUCGUAGGUGGCCUUAGUAACCCAGGAAAUGUUUACCAGCCAGAAACUAGCUAUGAACCAUUUGACGCGCUAAACUGGAUGUUAGAUGGAUUAAUGGACUCACCAUAUCCUAAUUAUUUGGCCAUCUCAGGUCUAGAAGGUGGCAUUUGA